AUGUUCGUCGCCGCAAAACUCCUCAAAGUGGGCUACAAUCAAGCCAAAAAGCGCAAAGCCAACAAGGAAGCUCAAUUCCAACAACCUCACCCGAAUUACACCUACCCAAACCCCUACCCAAUGUCUGAAUACCCACCUGGCGUAGCGCCGGGCACAAACACUCAAUACGUCAACCCCGAGCCACCAGCACCACCUAUCAGCAAAGGAGCAAAGUUUAUGUCUAUGAUAAUUUCCAUCCUCCGCUUCCUGCAAUUUGUCUUCGGUCUCACUGUCAUCGGCCUCUACGGCCGAGACGUGCACCAUGACCAUGAAGACGACGAUACGUACCACUCGAAAUGGGUGUUUGCGCUUAUCGUGGGCUUCCUGGCAACAAGUACCGCGGCUGUUCAUAUGAUCUUGCCGUUUCUUAAGAAGGGUGUCAAUAACUCGGGUAAUCCCAAGUUGCAUCUACCGCAGUUUGUGUGGGAAGCUAUACUUUGUAUUAUUUGGUUGACGGUGUUUGGGAUUUUUGGGAAGAUGUAUAUUGGGGUCUAUCCUACCGACAGCAGCAGCAGCAGCAGCAGCAAGAGAGAUUCAGCAUCCAGCUCUAGCUCUAGCUCCAGUGACAGUGACAGUACCACUUCGGUGUUGGGGGAUGCGUCGAAGAUCAAUCGUAUGCGACAUGCUGUUUGGAUUGAUCUUGUGAACCUGUUAAUGUGGGUGUUUACUGCGUCUUGGGUGUUGCUUCGAUGGCUGAAGGGCCGACGGGCUGCCAUGACUGCUGAUCUUGAUGCUGAGAAGGGAUCUCAAAUUUAG